CGGCAACAUAAACAGAACGUUCCGUGAUUAUUCGUUUUUACAGGCUUCUGCGUUCGAAAGCAUUUUGUGAGCAAAUUGUGGUUCCGUGAAAAAGACUCGCAGAAAUGGAUCUUAUCGAUACGGAUGGCUCGAACGAUUGGAGAGAGGCCCCCCUCAGCACCGGUACAACUAUCAUGGCGGUCGAGUUUGAGGAUGGCGUUGUAAUCGGUGCUGACUCACGCACCAGCACGGGCACCUACGUUGCGAACCGUGUCACGGACAAGUUGACGCGCCUGACGGACAAAAUCUACUGUUGUCGUUCCGGAUCGGCCGCUGAUACGCAGGCAAUCGCCGAUAUCGUCACCUACUCGCUUAACUACCAUGAGAACCAAACGGGCGAAGAACCACUGGUUGAGGAUGCCGCCAAUGAGUUUCGUCAGUAUUGUUACAACUACCGGGACUCGCUCACGGCCGGUAUCAUUGUGGCAGGCUGGGACCGGAAGAAUGGUGGUCAGGUAUACUCAAUACCUAUCGGUGGCAUGCAGAUACGCCAAAACGUCUCAGUCGGUGGCUCUGGCAGCUCGUACAUUUACGGUUUCGUGAAGGAGAACUACCGCCCGGGAAUGGGCCGUGCCGAGUGUGUCGAGUUCGUGAAGAAAUCCGUGUUUCACGCGAUGUACCAUGACGGCAGUUCCGGUGGCGUUUGCCGUAUCGGCGUCAUCACGAAGGAUGGCAUCGAACGGGAGGUGGUGUUUGCUCCGCGGGACUACGAAAACGUUGUAAACCGUGCCGCCGCACCCAGUGUGUCGCUGCAGGCUUAGGAAGCAUUAUUGGGGAAUCUUUUUUCUUGGUUCGAAAUACAUUCACUGUGAA